AUGGAGAGCAGCAAAGCUCCACCGCUGAGCCCCUCAGAAGACGUUCGAGAGGAAAAGGUUUACGGCAAUGUUUUUGCUGAGCUGGAAUCUGUGGAUUUGCCUUUAGGAACAACCUUGAGAUCCGUGUACGAUGACCAGCCGAACGCACACAAGCGCUUCAUGGAGAAGCUGGACGCCAGGAUACGGAACCAUGACCGAGAGAUCGAGAAGAUGUGCAACUUCCACCAUCAGGGUUUCGUCGACGCCAUCACAGAGCUGCUCAAAGUGCGAGCGGACGCAGAGAAGCUGAUGGGUCAAGUGAGCGACACCAACAGGAGGCUCCAAGACGCCGGCCGAGAGGUGUCGGCUCAGAUGGAGGAGGUCAUUCGCUGCAGGGUUCAGCAGAGGAACAUGGCCACCACUGUGGAGAAGCUCCAGCUCUGUAUUCCGGUUCUGGAAAUGUACAGCAAACUGAAGGAGCAACUGGAAUCCAAGAGACACUACGCCGCGCUGAAGACGAUGGAGCAGCUGGAGAACAUCUACAUUCCCAGAGUGAGCCAGUAUCGCUUCUGCCAGAUCAUGGCCGAAACGCUGCCCAAACUCCGCGGGGAGAUCAAGGACAUCUCCAUGUCCGACCUGAAAGACUUCCUGGAGAGCAUCAGGAAACACUCGGACAAGAUCGGCGAAGCGGCGAUGAGACAAGCCCAGCAGCACCGGACGUUCAUCAGCACCGUUCAGAAGAAGAUGAAUCUGAGCUGCGCCACACCUCUGUACAGCCUGAACGAGAGAACAGCGCUGCAGCAUAACGGCCUGAGCGCCGAGGAAGCAGUCGACGAGGACGAAUCUGAGGACGAAGUUUUGUCGGUGCAGGAUCUGGUGGACUUCUCACCUGUGUACCGCUGUCUUCACAUCUACACUGUGUUGGGUGACCGAGAGACGUUUGAGAACUACUACAGAAAGCAGAGGAAAAAGCAAGCACGGCUAGUACUGCAGCCUCAGUCAAACAUGCAUGAAACGGUGGAGGGGUACAGGAAGUACUUCAACCAGAUUGUCGGGUUCUUCGUGGUGGAGGACCACAUUCUGCACGCCACUGAAGGUCUGGUCACCCGCGCGUUCACCGACGAGCUGUGGAACAUGGCGCUGUCCAGAAUCAUCGCCGUCCUGCGCACACACUCGUCUUACAGCAGCGAUCCCGACCUGGUCCUGGAGCUGAAGAACAUGAUCGGCGUAUUUGCAGACACUCUACAGAGUUACGGUUUCUUAGUGAACAGGCUGUUCGACCUUCUGUUCGAGAUUAAAGACCAGUACAAUGAAACCCUGCUGAGGAAGUGGGCGCUGGUGUUCAGGGAGAUAUUCGAGCAGGACAACUACAGCCCCAUCCCUGUAGAGACUGAAGCGGAGUACAAGUCGGUGGUCGGUCGAUUUCCUUUUCACGACGCAGAAAUCGAAAAGCAACCGUUUCCAAAGAAGCUGCCGAUGUCCCAGUCAGUGCCUCAGAUCUACAUUCAGGUGAAAGAGUUCAUCUAUGCCAGCCUCAAGUUCUCAGAGUCACUACAUCGCAGCUCUACAGAGAUAGACGACAUGCUUCGCAAAUCCACCAACCUGUUACUGACCAGAACGCUGAGCGGCUGCCUACAGAACCUCAUCAGAAAACCUCAUAUAGGACUAACCGAGUUGGUUCAGAUCAUCAUAAACACCACCCACUUAGAGCAGGCUUGUAAAUACCUGGAAGAUUUCAUCACCAACAUCACCAACGUCUCUCCGGAAACCGGCCACACUUCAAGACUCUACGGGCUCUCCACCUUUAAGGACGCCAGACACGCAGCCGAGGGCGAGAUCUACACCAAGCUCAACCAGAAGAUCGACGAGUUCAUUCAGCUGGCCGACUACGAGUGGGGCAUGUCCGAGUCGGACGGCAGGGCCAGCGGCUACCUCAUGGACCUCAUUAAUUUCCUGCGCAGCACCUUCCAGGUUUUCACGCAUCUCCCGAGUAACACCACUGAUCAUGCUGCCAUGUCGGGGAAGGUGGCGCAGACGGCCUGCAUGUCGGCCUGCAAGCACCUCGCCACCUCCUUGAUGCAGAUGCUGCUGGACACCGAGCUCAAGCAGAUCAGCAUGGGAGCCAUCCAGCAGUUCAACCUGGACGUCAUACAGUGUGAACUAUUCGCCAGUUCGGAGCCUGUGCCAGGAUUCCAGGGUGACACGCUACAGCUGGCGUUCAUCGACCUCCGACAGCUGCUGGACCUGUUCAUGGUGUGGGACUGGUCCACGUACCUGGCCGACUACGGACAGCCCACGUCUAAGUAUCUUCGGGUCAACCCGUCCACCGCACUAGCACUUUUGGAAAAGAUGAAGGACACUAACAAGAAGAACAACAUCUUCUCCCAGUUCCGAAAGAACGACCGGGACAAGCAGAAGCUGAUCGAGACGGUCGUAAAGCAGCUCAGAAGUCUGGUGAACGGGAUGUCUCAGCACACCUAAACACCCCCGCCCCCCCCUUCCUCAUUCCAUUCCUCCUCACCUACACCCCCUGCACUUACACUAGCGCACGUGUGGAAGAGACGAGUGAGCGUUUAGUUCGUAUGUAAUGAGCCAUGUUUUAGUUUAUUUUUAUCCUUGUAUGCAACUCAGAAUGAUGCAAAGCCAAAUCAUUGGUGCCACUUCAUUCCUCGGACCAAUCGUGCCGUUGCCCUGGAUUCUUAGCACUAGUUAGCAUUUAAGUUGGGGGGCGUGUAUGUUAGAAUUGUACACGACAUUUUUUGGCUCGCUGCACAUCCACAACAAACAAGCAAGCAGAAACAUCAGCAGCUCGUCCCCUGGUAACAAGUUUUUUACUAGUUCGCUAGUAGUAAAGUUUGGUUCCACUUACCCUGCAUAGGGACGGGUCACUUCACAUCAAUAUUGGUAUAAAUUAAUGUCAUAUUUAGGGUGAUGCUGCCUAUAUUAACAGGCAUUAAAAUGAGUGUUCAGUGUAAAAAUGAUCACAUGAUCUCAGCCUAGUAGAAAACCUGAGGGGGAUUUUGGACCCUUUUGUUGGACAUCACAUCCACCACCAACUGAUAGAUAGACAGAGAAGGAGAGAGACAGACAGACAGAUAGACAGAGUGAGAUACAGAGAUAGAUAGAGAGAGAGAGAGAGGUAAGUGUUCCAGCCACUAGUACAGUUCCAAAAGCAAGUAGAAUUGGCAUCUGGUGGCCCAGUACUUCACUAAGAUGCGUUUAUUAUUAUAAUUUGUCACCUGUCUGGUAUAAAUUUGCUUUAAUAUUUAAGUUUUAAGUUUUGCAGGUGGCUAAAACAUCUUCCACUGUGUCGCUUCCCAUUUCAGAAUGAAUCGUUACUGUAUAUAUAAGGGGGGGGGGAUAUAAAGGGCGGGGUCGGUUCGCCAACCACCAACAUCUAGGCACUAAUUCCUCCCUGUGAUGUAUUUUUAAUGGCCAAAAGUGAAGUUUUGUACAUUGUGAGCCGUGAUGAAGUGUGUUCAGAGCGCUGAAUGGAUCAUGAAGUCCACACGCUGAAGGACUGAUGUUCAUAAUAUGAAUUUUUUUAAUUCUCUGUUGUGGAUCGGGAAGGACGUUUUGUGUGUGUGUGUGUGUGUGUGUGUGUGUGUGUGUAAAUAUGUCAUAAAUCAUGCUUCAGGGGCACAGGGGUCGUCUGGGGUAAAUAAAGAGACAGACUGGAGGGGAAGAGUUAAAAGACGUUGCAUGAAUGUGUGCUUUUUAUGUAUAUAUCUGAUGCUCACGAUGAAGGGACACCUCCAUCCGAACCUGACAUUAUGGAAGGGAAGGAUUUCAGCUGUAAUCUACAUUUCACUCGACACCGUCUGAAGCGAGUGCACGUGUCUGAAAUGCUCUGUGGAAUUCAGUUUUAUUUCUCGUUUAUUCAUCAUUUUUAAUUUCCUCAGGGUGAAAUGAAGCUUUUUGAGUUGAAACGCUUUUAAACGCUCACACUAAAACGAAAGAAAAGAGCAAUAAAUAAAGAAAGAAAUAAACUAGCGAGCGGGCGGGCGGCAGCUACAGAAGCAGAGCCGCGGUUCGUCGUCAGAACACUUCAUCACUUUAGUUGCUCUUGGUCUUUCAUCUGGCGAUUUGCACUGAGCGUUAUUUAAGUUUGCCUUUCCAAAUAUAUAAAUAUAUAUUUAUUCUUGUGUAAUUAAAGGAACCUUGUACAUACCGCAAAAAAAUGAAUGUAGAGUUUCUCUGCAUCGAUCUGGGGAAGAUGAUUUCCCUGAAGACGAGUAUGUAAUAUGGACUUUUAAAAUCUCAGCGAUGCUACACGUGGUCAGUAAUGGCCAGACGUUCAUCCCCUCCUUUAGUGUCAUAGAGCAGAACUGUACAGGUUAUUACAGCCUGCUGGUUAGCUGUAGCAUUCCCAGUCGUCGACUUAAUCGUGAGCUCCCGGGCACUUCAGAUGAUCUCCAGAAUGCAUUUCUUUUUCUUUGUGCGCUUUAAUAAAAUGUGAUCAGCAAAA